UUCACCAUGUCUUCUGGAGGGCUUCUUCUCCUGCUGGGACUCCUCACCCUCUGGGCAGAGCUGACCCCUGUCUCCGGCCAGGGCCGGCCAGAUUUUUGUCAUCUUCCUGCUGUCACCGGACCAUGUAAAGCCCAUAGGCCUCGCUUCUACUACAACUCGACUUUCAAUAACUGCCAGGAGUUUAUUUACGGUGGAUGCCGGGGCAAUGCUAACAGGUUUAAGACCAGAGAUGAAUGCCACUACACCUGUGUUGAAAAGCCCGGGGUGUGUCCCAAACCCCCUCCAGACACCGUGACCAUUUGUCUCGUAAGGUGUGGAAGCGACUGGGAGUGCGAGGGGAAACAGAAGUGUUGCCCUUAUGCUUGCCUGGUUGACUGCAUGCAUCCUGUGUUCCUGUCAGAUUCACCAUUCGACUUUUCCGAAUUGUGUCUGGUGCCUCGACUUGGAUUAAAGGCCGACUAG